AUGACCACCUACGGCACGAUCCCGACCUCGUCGUCUACGCAGGGCCCCUCCGGCGAGUACAUCUCGCGCGCCAAGGAGCGCAUCAAGGCCGGCCUCGGCGCUCGCCGGCCAUGGAAGCUCAUGUUCAACUUCAGAUCCUUCAACUUCCCGUCGCCGUUCCGCGAGGUCUUCGGGCGAAUCCGAUCGAACGUCGCCUACUUCCGGAUGAACUACGCGAUCGUGAUGCUGCUGAUCCUCUUCCUCAGCCUCCUCUGGCACCCGAUCUCGCUAAUCGUGUUCAUCAUCAUGAUGGCCGCCUGGCUCUUCCUCUACUUCCUCCGCGACGAGCCCCUCGUGCUCUUCGGCAAAACGGUGGACGAUCGAGUCGUUUUGAUCGUCUUGUCGGUGGUCACGAUCGUGCUCUUGUUCUUGACCCACGCGACGGUGAAUAUUUUGGUGGCGCUGUUGAUUGGGGUUGUGUUGGUGGUCGUGCACGCGGGGUUGAGAAAGACGGAUGAUUUGUCUGUGGAUGAGGAGAACUCUGGCUUGUUGACGACCCCUGCCGCAUCUUCUUCAUCUACUUAA